AUCAGUAGGCGCUCAGAGCUGUCAGCGACAACGAUAUUAUAUCGCAUAAAGACGUAUUCGAUUCCGGAGGAGACUGCGGGAAUGACACUCGAGACUGCAUACUUGAAGACGACUGGCGAUAGGUAGUGUUCGUUGAGAAUAACCCGACCAAAGGAGUCGAAUCCUGCGGCUCAAGAACCAAAGUUAACGACUGGCUGCAGCUCACGAAUUCGACCAUGAAGAAUUCCUGGCAGAAAAUCGCCGCGGCCAAAGUCAGCGCGCGAGAUGAGAUGGUGGUGAAGUACUCUCGCAGUACUGAGGACGCGACAAUCGAGCACGUCACCGAGCUGGACGACGCGAAAGCUUUGACCUCACUCAUGGCUUCUGGCGAGUUCUCAGCGGAAGAUGUCAUUCGCACCUACAUCACUCAAGCUUGCAAGGCUCAAUUGCAGACAAACUGCCUUACCGAGAUCUGCUUCCAGGAUGCCAUUGUGCAAGCGAAACAUCUUGAUGACUUCAGACGGGAGCAUGGUACCCUAAUCGGUCCUCUACAUGGUGUACCAAUCUCGCUCAAGGAUCAAUUCAACAUCAAAGGAUUUGACUCGACAUUGGGCUAUGUUGGACGUGCAUUCAAGCCAGCAACAUCCAAUGCGCUCAUCGUGGACUUCUUGCAGCGACUUGGCGCAAUCGUGAUCGCAAAGACAAAUCUGCCACAAAGUAUCAUGUGGUGUGAGACAGAGAACCCUCUGUGGGGUUUGACUUGUCAUCCAAAGAAUUCUAAUUUCACUCCAGGAGGCUCUUCUGGCGGAGAGGCGGCCCUGCUGGCUCUACAUGGCUCGCUCAACGGUUGGGGCACCGAUAUUGGCGGAUCCAUUCGUAUCCCCAGCCACAUGAACGGGCUCUUCGGAUUUAAACCUUCGAGUGGCCGAAUGUCAUACAAAGAUGUCGAGGUGUCCCUAGACGGUCAGCAGCAUGUCCCGUCAGCCGUCGGUCCCAUGGCCAGAUCCUUGAGCUCUUUGACUCUAGUCACUAAGCUUGUGAUUGAAGCCGAGCCGUGGACUUCUGACUCGCAAGUGCCUCCUAUGCCUUGGAAAUCCGCUGUGUUCGAAAAUUAUUCGACCAAGCAGCUUGUUAUAGGUAUCAUGCCGGACGAUGGUGUAGUAAGGGUUCAUCCGCCUAUCGCACGCGUUUUCCGCGAGACAGUCGCCAAGUUGCAAACAGCCGGUCACGAGAUAGUAGAAUGGGACACAUCUCUUAACAGAGAGUGCAUCUCUAUCAUGGAUGAAUACUACACCGCAGACGGAGGCGAGGAUAUACGUUCCGCCGUGUUGCAAGGUGGAGAGCCUUUUGUGCCUCAUGUUCAGGCGCUUGUUGAUCGAAGCCCCGCUAUCUCGGUCUACCAGUAUUGGCAGUUGAACAAGAGAAAAGUUGCCGCACAACAGGCGUACCAUGAGAUGUGGAACACCAUGCGAUCAAAGUCUGGGCGACCUGUGGACAUACUACUUGUACCUACCAUGCCGCACACAGCUGUGCAUCAUCGCUGCUGUCGUUGGGUGGGAUACACAAAGUUGUUCAACUUUCUCGACUAUCCCGCUCUGUCGUUCCCCACGGGCAAAGUACACAAGGAAUUGGAUGAUAAUAUGCAGCACGAUUACGUCGCUCGCAACGAAGUCGAUGCAUGGAAUUGGAAGCAUUAUGACCCCGAGACAAUGUACGGGCAUGACAUCGGUCUACAGAUUGUGGCACGCAAAUUCGAGGAAGAAAAUGUGUUGGGAGCAGCCUCGCAGAUAGAGGCUGUCUUGCGUUUAAAGCUGUAGCAGAUGUUAGAGACAUAAGCAAUUCACAAACGUGAAUGGGUGUCACGA